AUGACUCGAGAAUCCGGUUUGGAGAUAGGUGGAAAAAUUGGUAGGGUGCUUGAUGUGGAUGUACCUGAGAAGGGUGUUCAGUGGGGUAAGUACCUGCGAGUGAGGGUCAGUGUUGACGCCAUGAAAAAGCUGGUCAGGGGGAAGAAGGUAACCAUCAAAGGAGGAGAAGCCAAAUGGGUUUUCUUCAAAUACGAACGGUUACCAAAUUUCUGCUACCAGUGUGGGAGAUUGGAUCAUGGCGUGAAGGAAUGUAAGGAAAAAGCAAGUACGGAAAACAGAGCUGGUGAUGAGGGAAUGCAAUACGGAGCUUGGCUUAGAGGCGAACCAGGGAGAAGGGGAGGUUGGGAGCAAGGAAGAAUGGGGGACGAAAAUGAUGGAGAAGGCAGGGGACUACCCCAAGUUAUUAGCAACCUUACUCCAAAAGAGAAAGUGGGCGUGCCUCCCUUACUGCCCGUAGCAGACCUAGAAGGUGACAUGGUCUGGGAAAUCUCAAAGAACGAGGACGCAAGAGAAAAGACUAAAGGAGUACUGGACAAGAAGCAUACGUGUAAGGAUUUGGGUAAGGAUUCGGGCUUAGAAUCAAGUGCAGUUGGGUCAUGGGCCGAUGAUAAUUCAAGCCCACUUGCCAUGACCUUCAACCAAGAAAAGGGAUGGGUCACAGAGCCUUUAGGCCCAACAAGUGGCCACUGGAAACGCCUAGCUAGGAAAAUAAAAACUCCAAGCCCAAAUAAGGUGGAUUGUACAAGCAAAACAAAACACAAGGGCCCGAUUCCUUUACAAGAGCUAGACCCAAAUAAUAUAAGCUCAAAACGCAGAAAAGGUAAACUUCAGGUAAGUAAGGUCACAGAUGAGAACGGGAAUAUGGUUGGCGGUGAGGCGGUGGCUGCGGUGCAGCACCGCCAAGCCUCAUGA